GGAGGAGACUGAGAUCAUCGAGGGCGAGGUGGUGGAAAUCCAGAUCGACCGCCCGGCCACCGGCACGGUGAGGGAAAACCCCAAAAUCCUCUUUUUUGAUGUCAUCACCAUCGACAAGGCCACGGGGAAGAUCUCGAAGCUGGGGCGCUCCUUCACCCGAGCACGCGACUACGACGCCAUGGGGGCGCAGACGAAGUUCGUGCAGUGCCCCGACGGGGAGCUGCAGAAGCGGCGCGAGGUCGUGCACACGGUGUCGCUGCACGAGAUCGACGUCAUCAACUCCCGCACCCAGGGCUUCCUGGCCCUGUUCUCAGGUGACACGGGCGAGAUCAAGCCGGAGGUGCGCGAGCAGAUCAACGCCAAAGUGGCCGAGUGGCGCGAGGAGGGCAAGGCCGAGGUCAUCCCUGGGGUGUUGUUCAUCGAUGAGGUUCACAUGUUGGAUAUUGAGAGCUUCUCCUUCCUCAACCGGGCCCUGGAGAGCGACAUGGCGCCCGUGCUGAUCAUGGCCACCAACCGCGGCAUCACCAGGAUCCGGGGCACUGCCCACCGCAGCCCCCACGGGCUGCCCUUGGAUCUGCUGGACCGGCUGCUGAUCAUCGCCACGGCGCCCUACGGCGACAAGGAGACGCGGCAGAUCCUCAAAAUCAGGUGCGAGGAGGAGGACGUGGAGAUGACGGAGGACGCGUACGCGGUGCUGACGCGCAUCGGGCUGGAGACGUCGCUGCGCUACGCCAUGCAGCUCAUCACCGCCGCCAGCCUGGUGGCCAGGAAACGCAAGGGCGCCGAGGUGGGCGUGGAGGACAUCAAGCGCGUGUACUCGCUGUUCCUGGACGAGUCGCGCUCCACGCAGUACAUGAGGGAGUACCAGGAGGCCUUUCUGUUCAACGAGCUCCAGGGUGAAUCCAUGGAAACACCGUGACCCCCCCCCAUUUCCCCUCCCCCAUUGACCCCCACCCCCUUUGUACAAUAAAUCUGAUUUGGAGCCCAAAA